AUGCGCAAACAGAUGGUUCUCGCUGCCAGCGCAGCUGCUGCAACCCAGCCUAUCAACGUUGAAAUUGCCGUUUCGAAUGCUUAUUCAGUUCCGGGCCAGUCCUUCCUCAGCUACUCCAUUGAACUGUCAUCGUUCCCCGACUUCGCCGGCAACCUCUCCAACCCCAACACCUUUACCAACAACCUCCUGACCAACAUUGGCGACAUACUCGGCAGCAAGCCCUACAUACGCGUCGGCGGCAACACCCAAGACUACGCCCUCUUCAACGCAUCCCUGCCCGUGCAGAUCCACGGCACCUACGACCCCGCGCGCUCCAACGACUAUCCAACCACCAUCGUCCUUGGGCCCUCCUUUUUCGAAUCAUACCAGACGCUGCCUGGCGUCCGCUUCUCGCACGGCUUCAACCUCGCCAAGGGCGCCAUUUCGGCGGACGGGUGGCAGGCGCUCGUCGACACGGCGCCGCUGGCCUGCCGCGCGCUCGGCCGCGACCGCUUUUACGCGUACGAGUACGGAAACGAGCCCAACAACUUUAACCUCGGCGGCAAGUAUGCGCCGCGCACCACGAGUUGGGGCCCUAAAGACUACGUUGCUGAGUGGCUGAAUGGCACGGCCGAGAUUCGCCGGCAGAUGCUGGCGCACUGCCCCGAGUUGGAGCCCGAAUAUCUCGAGUUCAUGGCGCCGUCGUAUGACGACCGGGUAUCGUCACUCAAGGCGCUAGAUGUCUGGAACUUAGGCAUGGAUCAGGGCAACAUCAUCAACACUUAUUCCGUGCACAACUACAUUGACGGAGCGACUUCGCCGGGCGUGACGCUGCAGAGCACACUCAUGAACCAUACCCGCACCACGCGCGAUGUGGACGAGCAGGUUCGCCAGUAUGACAAGAUAAUGGCGACGGGUCAUGGCACGGCGCCCCUCGUCUUUGGCGAGACCAACUCGUUGUAUUUUCAGGGCAAGCCCGGGCUGUCGAACUCGUUUGGCGCCGCGCUCUGGGGCCUCGACUUUAACAUGUACUCUGCCUCGGCGGGCUACCAGCGCGUGCACAUGCAUCAAGGCACUAACUACCGUUACCAAAGCUGGCAGCCCGUCGAAACCGCCAAGGCCGUCAAGGGCACCAAGGCGCCGUACUACGGCAACAUGGCCGCCGCCGCCGCCCUGGGCAACCUCACGCGCGGCGACGUCACCGUCGCCUCGCUUCCCCUCGCGUCCGACACUGAGGCGGCGUACGCAGUUUACGAGGGCGGCCGCCUGCGCCGCCUCCUCGCCAUCAACAUGCGCGGCUACAACACCACUCAGGAUGGCGCCGGCAUCCACCCGCUCCCCGCGCCGCCGCCGCGCCAGCACCGGUCCUACGCGUUUCGAGUCGGCACCGACCUGCCUGGCCCGGUCGGUGUGCAGCGCCUCUUGGCCAACGGCAGCGACGCCAUCACGGGAAUCACUUUCGACGGCUGGAGCUACAACUUCGAGCUGGACAAUGGCAGGCCGGUCCGACAGCGCAACGUGACAACGGGCGAGACGCUCACGGUGCGUGGGGGCCUGGUGACAGUGCAUGUCCCGGAUUCUUCAGCAGUAUUACUCAACAUUGAGUUGUAA